GUACCAGUAGUGUAAGAUUUCUGUGAAUGACUAUGCUACGACAAACUCUGGAAAAUUAAGAACCUAAUCACCCUGAUUUGUCAAAAAGUACCCUGAAAUAUAAGAACCUGUUCAGCUUGAUGUCGGUUCUAGGUUCUUAAAUGUGGGUUUUUACUGUGUUCCAGCACAAGAUUUUUGAAACCAGCUUCACUUGAGGUAAACGACUAGACAACACUUUCUGAAUGUCUUCAUUCUUUUCAGUACAGAACUGAAUUCUCUCUUGGUUUUCACGGUUGUCCAGGUCAAGGAACAUGGUGCUCCUAUGUCACCACCCUUGAAAACAUUUCUUUUUCUUUUAUCCAGUUAUCUUUUUUAGAUACUAAAGUGGUUCCUCAGCAUCUAAUGAGAUGUCGCUGUUUGCAUUGAACUGGCCCAAUGUGGUCAGUGACACCCAACAAAAACCUGCUCCAUGUAAGAGAUUUGUUAAGUUGGGCUUGGAUGCCACUAUCAUUGCUGCAGCCCAUAUGUUCUUUGGCAAGGAAACAACAGAAAACACACCCACGAAGCACACUAUCAACCGAGAAUUAGCAACAGGACUCAAGGUGGUUCGCCAAUAUUUUUUUUACAGAGUGGUCAAAGAAUUCAUUCAAACCUAUGUAGUUGAUGGAGCUCUGUAUGGAAAUCACUUCAAUAAUAUUCAAGCACUACAGGAAAGGGAAACAGCCCAAACUAAUCAGCCUAUACCUCCAAAUGACAGGUACCACUGUAGAUUCCCAGGGUGUUCAAACUCAUUAAACAUGAUAGAGUCCACAGAAUGAGGCAUGAAUUGUCUCAUAACCCGCCACCCAUCAUUCCCAAGAAACUAGUACUCGUUAAUACUGUGCCUGAUCCCACUGGUCAAAAUCCUAAACC